GCCAACAGAAACGGUUUACCAGGCGCGAUUAGUUUUACGGUCUACGGGUUCGCAUCGCCUUUGACGGCGUCCCUGUUCAUGAGAGCUGGACAUCGUAACGCCAUCCUGAUCGGUGUUGUGUGUUUUGCCAUUGGCAACUUGGUAACAUCAGUCCUGAAGGACUUGUCAGUGAUAGCUUUCGUGUACGGUGGGCUGGUUGGGUUCGCGACUAACGUGGUAUGUUUGACGGCUGCUCACAUGAUUGUAUUGUGCUUUGAAGUGAAAUACGUCAGCCUCUCAACUGGAAUAGGACUCUCUGGUAUUGGAGUAGGUCUGAUAGUCAAUUCACCAGCUAUAAGUUGGAUAUUCGCUCACUUAGGCUGGCGACAGAGUCUCCGAGUAAUUGCUGCGGCGUACGGAGUCAUGGGACUAUUAUGCUCAUACGUCUUCUAUCUUCCGCCAAACUUCAAGCCCAAAGACGGAGAUGAGAGCAUCACACAGAAUGACUUCAAGGGGAAGGACAAGGUUAGCGCUAUCAAAAGAAUCAAGUCACUUGUUAAGUGUCCUUUAUUCUGGUCGACUCAAGUUGUGUUCUUCACCUGCACUCUGGUUGUCCAGUUUCUAUAUAUCAGUGUUGGUAAUUAUAUGAGAAUACUGGGGGCAAAUGACGGACAGAUCACGCUCACCAGUACAUUGAUGGGGGUCGGAGAUUUGCUGGGACGCCUUUUGAUGGCUUUCGCUACUGACAACAUUUGUAUUUCCAGAACACUCGUUUACGCAUUCAACUCAUUUUUUGGCGGAAUGCUUAUGCUUUUUCUGUUAAUAUCAAAAUCAACUUUUGUAACCAGUCUUAUAAUAGCAGGUUUAAGUAUUCCACGAGGAACAGUAUAUAGCAUGAUACUACCCGUUGCGGUUGAGCUCUUUGGCAAGAAAAGCGCGGUUGAGGCGAUUUCAAUCGCAUAUUUUGUGACAGGUUUCGCAAAUCUGGCUGGACCUCUAUUAUCAGAUACGCCAUUUGACAAAUCAGGAUCGUACAGUUUAACCAUAUAUAUAUCUGGAAUUCUAUUUGUCUUUGCUGGAUUCCUCAUGACUUGUGUUGAACUUACGAGGCGACGAAGAAACCAUCGUAAAGCAGAAGACAAGAAAAAAUCAGACCAAAACGCAUUCAAAAUUCCAUCAUCUUAUCUGGCGCCUAAUUUUGGUAAUUCUCAAAAACAAAAAUCACAUCGUAACGUAUAAACAUACAAUAAACAUACGUCUAAGAAAUGUAACAUAUUAUAACAACAAAUACAAUCCUAUUCCCUAUGAGCCUACAAAUAUAAAUACCGGAGACGAAAUGUAAGUAAUCGAAUUCCCCGUUAACAAACACGGAUAUCGCAUCAGACCACACCACUAAAACAUAUUUUAAUACAUUAAAUGUAAUGUGUAAUAAUUACCAUAUUUCUGUCCAAUGUCAUCGUUCACACAAUCAAUGCAUUUACAUGAAAAUUACAUGUAUACCAAACAAUACGCCUAUUGUAUAAAUAACAUUUUAUGGAUCUAAUAAUGUAUCGUUUAUUAUGUAUGAAUACUAUUUAUGUGUACUUCAAAUGUUUUUUUCCACAGACACAUUGUUUAAUAAUUCCAGAUACAAUAUUCGUUAUAAUUACUACUGCAUAAUAACGAUUAAUGUCAUCAUGACAUGUAUUAGACCAAGCCACUAAAACAUACCUAAAUAGGCCUAUAUAAGCCUAUGUACGGUAAUAUUUGCCGUAUUCAUUAUCAUCGUUCACACAAUCAAUUCAUGCGUUACCAAACAAUAUAUAUAGGGCCUAAGCUUAUUGCAUACAAUUUAAUGGAUCUACUCAUGUAUCAUUUAUUAGGUUUAUGAAUGCCAUUUAUUUGUAUUUUAAAUCUUUUUUCUACAUAGACACAUUGUUUUAUAAUUCCGGAUACAAUAUUGUUAUAAUUAGGCCUACUACUACAUAAUAAUGAUUAAUGUCAUCAUGACCAAAUGGAUAUUGCAUUGGACCACGCCACUAAAACAUAUUUAAAUAAAUAAGCCUAUGUAUUGAUGUGUAAUAUUGACCUAUUUUUGUCCUAAAUCACACAUUCAAUCAAUUGAUGCGUUGAACCAAACAAUAUAUAAAAUAGGCCUAUUGUAUACAAUUGUAUUGAUCUACUCAUGUAUAGUUUAUUUUGUAUGAAUACAAUUUAUUUGUACUUUAAAUGAUUUUUCUCCACAGACACAUAAAUAAUUCCAGAUACAAUAUUCGUUAUAAUUAUUAUUAAUAAUUAUCAAUGUCAUCAUGAAAAAUAAUAUAUAUCACAUCAGACCACGCCACUAAAACAUAUUUAAAUAUAUGUAAUAAUGCGUAAUAUCUAUCUUUUUCUGUCCUGUAUGAUCAUUCACACAAUCAAUUCAUGCGUUACCAAACAAUAUAUAGGGCUAUUGUAUAAAAUUGUAUGGAUCUAAUCAUGUAUCGUUCAUUACCGUAUGUAUAUGAAUGCCAUUUAUUUGUAUAUUAAAGUGUGUUUUCUCCACAGACACAUUCUUUUAUAAUUCCAGAUACAAUAUUCGUUAUAAUUACAUACUAAUGAUCAGUGUCAUCAUGAACAACUGGAUAUUGUAUCAGAACACGCCACUAAAACAUCCAGUAGAACCCCCUUCCCCCUCCUUAGGGACACCAUUAUUUAAGGGACACCCCUAUUAAGAGACACUUUUACAUGAAAUGAAGGGAAAUAUAUCUUUUGACACUACAACUGGCACCUAUUAAGUUUCACAUCUUUAUUAAGAGGGCGAGAACCGUACACUUUUUGAGCGUGCCAAAUUGUCAAAUCAAUACAUUUUCAACCCCUAAGGGUAAACUUUUUUUUUUACCAUAUCACUAAUUUUUACAACUACAAUAGAUUCAAAAUGACAGUAUUUAUUCAAAUUUAUGUUUUGACAACUUUUGAACGAUAAAAUGAAUAAUUUUUCAUGGUCCUUGAAAUGGAUAUCGGUGUUAUUUGUAUAAACUAGGCUAAUCGUGGGAUAUUUUUUCCUGCAUGCAUUCACAUAAGAUUUCUUAAUCUUGUGGUGGUUUUUAACCUUGUAUACUUUUAUGGAUUAAAAUCCAUACCGGAACAUGAUUUCUAA